AGCCCAUCAUGCCUCUUUUCUCUCGUCGCACUCAUCACACCACCCAUCGUACCACACCCAGACGCCGUCACUUCUGGCAUCGUGCCGAUAAAGAUCGGGUCGCAGGCGGAUACAAGGCCGCUCUGUCCAACCCACGCACGACCAGGGAUGGUCGGAAGCAUGCUAAACAUGAACUGCGAAAGAUGGGUCGAAGCCCUCAUGUACCCUUCAUGACCAAGGUCAAGCGCACUUUGGGCAUCAGAAGCACUCCCCGUCGCCAUCAUCAUCAUACCACAGCCCGAUACUAACGGAGUCGGAAAUAGCAACUGUUGUAUAAUUUCGAUGUAUACCAC